AAAGGACAAGAUCUCCAUUCUCCACACCAAAUCAUUUAAACCAACAAAAUUAUUAAUAAUCACAUGGCAGAAACAAAAACAGCUGUUGAUCAGCAAAGCAGAAUAGCAGUUGUAACAGGAGGCAAUGGAGGAAUAGGGUUUGAGAUAUGCAAACAAUUGGCAAUGGAAGGACUCACUGUAAUUCUUACAUCCAGAGACCAGCAAAAGGGGAUUGAAGCUGUAAAAAAUAUCAACAAAAAUAAUAUAAGAUUCUAUCAGCUCGAUGUAACAGAUCCUCAUAGCAUUGCUUCAUUAGCAAACUACAUCACAACCCAAUUCGGCAAGCUCGAUAUAUUGGUUAACAAUUCUGGAGUUCUUGGAACCACAAUAGAUACAGAUUUAUUAGAAAGAUUGGGUUUCAAGGCUGGUGAUGCUUCCUACGAAAAUGCAAUGUUGUUACUAAAGUCUAUGAAGCAAACUUAUGAUAACGCAAAAGUGUGUGUAGAAACCAACUACUAUGGAGUCAAGCAUGUCACAAAAGCUCUCAUUCCUCUUCUUCGCCUCUCUGCGAAGCCGACAAUAGUCAAUGUCUCAUCAGUAACAGGAAAACUUGAGAAUGUUACAAACGAAAGGGCAAGGGCGGUGUUGAGUGAAGUGGAUGAUCUGACAGAAGAGAAAAUCGACGAGAUAGUGGAAGAAUUUCUAAAGGAUGCAGAAGAGGAUAAGAUAGAGAGCAAAGGUUGGCCAAAUAACUUAUCUGCAUACACGGUUUCAAAGGCUGCUCAAAAUGGCUAUGCAAGAGUCUUAGCCAGAGAUGUACCAGAUUUAAUCAUAAAUUCAGUGUGUCCUGGCUAUACUCAAACAGGCCUAAAUGGGCAUCAAGGGGAACAUAGUGCUGAAGUUGGAGCAAAAGGUCCGGUCAUGCUGGCUUUAAACCCUCCCAGUGGUUGUUCUGGCUUCUUCUUCAAUCAGACUCAAAUAUCAGAAUUCUGAUAUAAACAACACACAAGGAGGACUCUGGAGUGUGCCGUAAAUUAAAUAAAGAUUUAAGCUUUAUCAUUAUGUUGUGUUUUAUGUUCCUAAUGCUUAUCCAGCUGCAAAAGCAUCUUGGGACUCUUUCAUUGUUUCGUUUAUGUGUGUUUCCCUAAUUUUCAGAAUAAUAUAUUCUUCAAUAUCUCAUAAUCUAGAACAAGAUUAAAAUUUGAA